UCUUGCUCAGAAGAAUACCAGCUUCCAGUUUUCAGGAUUGUGAACGCGAUUAGGCCAUCUCCUUUUGUAUUCGGUUUAUACAAAUCUUCAUCAACUUGCUGCCUCUUACAGUUUCCGGAGAGAAGUAAGAGUAACAUGGAUGAGAAGAAUGAUGUGGAUAAGGUUGAAGAUGUGAUGUUGCCUGGUUUUCGAUUUCAUCCAACAGAUGAGGAGCUUGUUGGAUUUUACCUCAGGAGAAAGAUUCAGCACAGACCUUUGCCCAUUGAGCUGAUUAAGCAAGUAGAUAUAUAUAAAUAUGAGCCCUGGGAUCUUCCAAAGCUAGCAGCUUCAGGGGAGAAAGAGUGGUAUUUCUACUGCCCCAGAGACCGUAAAUACAGAAAUAGUGCAAGGCCAAACAGAGUCACAGGAGCCGGGUUUUGGAAGGCGACUGGAACAGACCGUCCUAUUUACUCUUCUGAUAGCACCAAGUGUAUUGGUUUGAAAAAGUCCCUAGUUUUCUAUAGAGGCAGAGCUGCCAAAGGGAUUAAAACAGACUGGAUGAUGCAUGAAUUUCGGCUACCUUCACUGUCAGACUCAGCACCACCGAAAAAGCUCUUGGACAAAAGCCUUCCUGCAAAUGAUGCAUGGGCUAUUUGUAGGAUAUUCAAAAAGACCAAUUCCAUGGCCCAGAGAGCUCUUUCUCACCCUUGGAUAUCUUCAUUACCUGAGACUACAGCAUCUGAAAUACUCCACCAAGGUGCACCUUGCACUCAAUUAAGUUCAGAGAACAUUUCUUGCACAACUGAAAUCGAAUCAGCAAUACACUUAUGCAGCAACAGUGAACUACAACAAGGCUCCACUGCUAGUUUUUCUACUGUAGAUGUUCACUCUUAUAAACCAUUCAAUACGACAGUCUACAGACCAUCUCUAUUUUCUGUUUCCAAUGGAGACCUUCACAACAACUUCAUGUUUUCUCAGCUUGACAUGUCAGGAGCCGCCAAGUGUACAGUUGAUGCUGCUCCCAUGCUAUUGAGCCCACCCUUGAUCUCUGAUGUUACUAAGGCCUCCGAGAGUAUAGAUUUUGGAGGGCAACAACAGCAAUAUAGUGGCUUCUCAAUCAGCUUGCCCCAAGAUAUGCAAGGAAAUGCAGGUGUAGGAGAAAGUGAGGAGGGCAUGAAAAGGAACUCGAAUGCAACCCCUGAUGAUAACCCUUGGGGAACUAUCCGAUCAAUGGGAUUUCCCUUCAGCUUGCCCCCAAACGUGCCUGAUACAUGGAAGCCCAAUCUACCAUGGGAUUCACCUCAAUGUCCUAGUGAGAUGUCCACUACUUAUUCAACUGACAAAUGCUAUUCUUAAGCAGCUGCCUAGUGGUUUCGGGAUAUUAAGUUGAGCUAGUACGAGCAGCAUACCUGUUCCACAGUAUUAUUGUACAGUUUUCACAUAUUCCGACUACACUCGCUAGGCUAAAUACAUUCUCUCGUUUAUUUGUUUCUAUUUUCUUUUUCUACCCCCACCAUCGUCAUUUCCACUGUCCCACCCACUUUUCUUAUCUCCUGUGUAACAGUUUUACAUGAAUAUAUUUUAG